ACCGUAAACCCUCUCAAGCCACAACGCUCAGAAACAUUUCUGUCUCUGUGGAGACAGCUGAAGAAGCAGCUCUAUCAAUGGCGUCUCUGAGAUUGUUCUCGACGAAUCAUCAAUCUCUUCUCCUUCCAUCGUCUCUCUCACACAAACCUCUACUAUCUUCACCACGAUUCGUCAAUAACCCUAGCAGACGGAGUCCAAUACGAUCCGUUCUUCAGUUUAAUCGCAAACCGGAACUCGCCGGAGAAACGCCGCGUAUCGUUGUUAUCACCUCCGGGAAAGGCGGUGUUGGAAAGACGACAACCACCGCAAAUGUUGGUCUCUCUCUAGCUCGUUACGGCUUCUCAGUUGUCGCUAUUGACGCUGACCUUGGACUUCGUAACCUCGAUCUCCUUCUAGGGUUAGAGAAUCGAGUCAAUUACACUUGCGUCGAGGUUAUAAACGGAGAUUGUCGUCUCGAUCAAGCUCUGGUACGUGAUAAGCGUUGGUCGAAUUUCGAAUUGCUAUGUAUUUCUAAACCUAGAUCGAAACUUCCGAUGGGAUUUGGUGGAAAAGCAUUGGAAUGGCUUGUUGAUGCGUUGAAAACGAGACCGGAAGGUUCACCGGACUUCAUUAUCAUCGAUUGUCCUGCAGGAAUCGAUGCCGGGUUUAUAACCGCCAUUACUCCGGCGAAUGAAGCAGUUCUGGUUACAACUCCGGAUAUAACAGCGUUAAGGGAUGCCGAUAGGGUUACGGGUUUGUUAGAAUGCGACGGAAUUCGAGAUAUAAAGAUGAUUGUGAACCGAGUGAGAACUGAUAUGAUCAAAGGAGAGGAUAUGAUGUCAGUGUUAGAUGUGCAGGAGAUGUUGGGAUUGUCAUUGCUUGGCGUGAUUCCUGAAGAUUCUGAGGUUAUUCGAAGCACGAAUCGAGGGUUCCCGCUUGUUCUGAAUAAGCCUCCAACGCUUGCGGGAUUGGCAUUUGAGCAGGCAGCUUGGAGACUCGUGGAGCAAGAUAGUAUGAAGGCUGUUAUGGUGGAGGAAGAGCCUAAGAAACGCGGCUUCUUCUCUUUCUUUGGCGGCUAAAUGGCAUAAGGAGCGAACCGGACUGAACUGAAUUGAAAUGAACUUCCUCGGGUAUGUAUGCAUCGAAAUCUUUUGUACAGGAACUAGAGAUUUUUGAAGAUUUUGUCUCUUUUGCUUGAGAAUUUAGAUUUGUUCCUAGGACAAUAUGGAAUUCUACUGCUAGUUUGUUGCUGAGUUCAAGCUUUGAUUCUUAUGCCUUUUGUUUCUUGAGGGUCUUGAUAUAUGUUUCUGCAAUCUGUUUAUGUGAAAUUGUUUUUUUACAAUAUAUCUCGAGUUCUUAU